AUGCCAGCACACCUUUCCCUCCUUGAAAAAGCCAAACAAUCCACUAAAUUAAGCUUGGAAUCACUCUCAAGUGGAGUGGAAGCUUGUGGUGAAUUGUAUGAUGAAGUAUUGAAUGGAGUUGUGAGAAAUGUAAAGAUGGGACCUUUCAAGGCUACUAGUGGAAUUGAAUUGCCUUAUUAUCUCAAUGCUAGUACAAAUUUUAUGGAUAAGAGAGUUGCUCCUAAAAUUGUGGAAAUUAUGGGACAUUACUUGGUUCAUAUUCAACAAACCUUACCAUCAUUGCAAGCUGAAAAUUUACCUCCAUCACAACAGAAUCUCUCCGAACAACCUCUCGUAUUGGUUGGUAUGGAAUUGGCUGGAGGAAUGUUAGUGAGUCAAUUUGCAGCCUAUGCAUCAACUCUUCAUGAAAAACAAGGAUCUAAAACAGUUUAUGAAGCUUAUGAUUUUUUGUAUAUUAGAAAGAAUAGAAAGUCAACUGGUACUUGUCAACAAUUAGAAGGUGAACAAAAAUUCACUGAAAGAAAACCAGAUUCACCACUUUUACAUGCUGUCUGGGUUGAUGAUGCUCUCUCAACAGGUUCUUCACUUUUGGAUGGUAUCAAAAUGCUAAAGGAAGAUUAUAAUAUUGAAGUUAAGGCAGCUCUCUAUUUGGUUGAUAGAAGUAAGGAUAGAUUAUCACUUCCAGAUGAAAAGCAAAAACUUGCCGAUCCAACUUUUGAAAAUAUUGAACUCUAUUCCAUCUUUGAUUUACACGAUGUUGAUGCCAAGAUUGAAGAAAACAAAAAGAAGAAGAAUUUGUAA